UAUAAUAAAAAUAAUGAGAGUAUGCAUAUUGCUAUUAGGGAUAUUAAUGUUAGGGACAAUGGCUUAAGAUAAUGAGGUUGUUAUCUAAUUAUUGGCUGAAUUAAGAUAAGAGGCAGUUGAUUAAUUGGGACUUUUGCAUGCAAGAUUUUAACCAAUUAAAUAAGCAAAAUUAGAUUAAAUUGCAGUGAUUUAGUAAGCAAUAUCAGAACAAAAGGGAGAGUGUUAUAAUAGAUAGCAAGAUGUAAUAAGGAUAUGAUAAAUAUGUUUAGGUUGAAGCAAAGUAAAAUGAAAUAGAUUUGGCUAAUGAAUAUAAGAAUUGGAUGAAAGCAAGAUAAGAAAGUAAUAAUAAUCGUAUUGGUGUACUUUCAACAAAUGUAUGCGAAAAGAAUAAUAAUUCUUUAAAUAAAGUGAAAAAUGCUAGAGUACUUUUAAGAUUGAUUGCUUACUUAAGAGCAACUUUGUAAGCAUAAUUAUCAACAUCAUUUGCAGAAGUGAAAGAGAACACAAUAUCUGAGAUAUCCCAUAUUGUUACUGCUUAUAAAGAAUAUAGAAAGAUGAAUAUGUUAUAAACAAAAUAAGAAGAGAUUGAAUUGAAUGGAACAAUUGAAUAAUUGAUUGAAAUGCUUAAUUAAAUGGAAAGAGAAAUUUAAGAUGAUGUUUCAAAUGGAUAGAAUGGUUAAGUAUAAAUUGGAGUUACAUUCUCUGAAUUUAAAGUAAGAAUUGAAAAAGAAAAUGAUAUAUUUAACAGAUAAAUUGAAGUUCAAGAUGAUUUAAUAACUGUACUUAUAAAAUAUUAUAUAGCAUUUCUAAAACUAAUUAACUACUUUAUAUGGAAGAGUAGAUAAAUGUCAAUCAAGAUUAAAAGAGAUAGAAUAUACAUUAUUAGUAGAAGAAGAAGAUUUAAAAUAUGAUUAAUAAUGGGUAGAUGAAGAUAGACAAAAAUUAGAAGAAGAAAUAGAAUUAUUUGAUUGGCUUAUUAAACAUUAUUAAACUGGCAAUUUUGAUGAUGAAGUAGAUUAAAAUACAUCUGAUUCAAAUGGUGAAUCUAGUAAUGAUGGAUAAUCUGUAAAUUAUAAGUUUAUAAUUAGGAUGUAAAUGGAAAUGAUAGAGAUGGAGUUAUAGAUUAUACUCCAUUAAAAGAAGUAUCUAAUGCUUGGGAUUCUGAAGAUGAAGAUAGUAAUAAUAAUAAUUAGAAUGAUACUUCUGAAGAUUAACAAGAUAGAGGAGAUGUAAUUGAUUAUACACCUUAUGAAGAGAAAGAUGUUGAUUGGGAUUCAUUAUUAUAGAAAAAAUAAAAUAAGAAUCAUCAUUCAUCAAAAAAACAUCAUACUCAUAAGUCCAAAAAAUGAUUUAUUCAUUAAAU